AUGGCCCCGAAGCCCCUCGGUGACGCUGGGCCUACGCCAACGCCUACGCCAACGAGAGUCGCUCGGGACUCGAUCGUGACGGUCCUCAGCACGUUGCCUCCAGUUCAGGCUCCCACGGAAUCAGCCACACCCACCAAGAUCAACAUUGGGCCUAUUGUGGGCGGCCUCGUCGGAGGCAUCGCGGCCGGCCUCGCCGCCAUCGUCUUCGUGCUGUGGUACAUCCGGCAUCGGGAAGAGAAUCGCGAAGCGGCUCGCCGCUCGUACGUACGUCGCCGGCACAAGCAGAUGAUGGCGCACGCCAAAGCGCGCAGCCAGUACUCUGCGUCGUCGUCGAUAUACAGCGGGACAUUCCUCAAGACACCCUCGCCAACCGAGAUGAGUUUCGACCCUUCGGUGCAAUUACCCGCUCCAUCCCGCACGUAUAUGAAGGCCAAGGAGUACGACCUGUACAGCAGCGAACGCGGAUACGGGUACGAGCCGCAGAUGAUCCUCCCUCCUGGGGGGCAAUACGACGUGCAGGCUGGCUACGACCCGCGGCUCAUCGCGGGAACUGAGAUCAUGGUCGACCGCCCAGACAUUGACCAGCACAACCAGGACAUGUUGCAAAACGCGCACCGCCGCUCCAUGUCUUCGCAACGCCACCUGUCCGUGGCACCACCACCUCGCAUGUCGCAGACCAACCCCACGACUGUGACCCGCACAAAGUCGACGAAGUCUAUCAAGCGCAAAUCGGUUCCUGUUCUCCCUCCUUCGCCCCCACCGACCGGCUCGUCCGAUCCGUCAUCCUCCCCAGGUUCGUCCCCACCCAUAUCCCCUCCCACAGACGACGCCGAGGAAUGGCUGCAGCGCUCGCAGCGUGGUGUCCUUCGCGCCGCUGCGGCGGACCAGGCUGCCGCGAACGCCACCGUCCCCAUUUCGAAGCGCCACCGCCCCUCGCGCUCCUCGCCCCUGGCAGCCGGCCCCGCCCAGAUGGAGUCGCCCAUGAACUUUGCCGCACCAACGAUAGGACCCUCGCCUCCGAUUUCGGACGACUCGGGCUCGAGCCACGCGUACGCCGCAGCCGCCCAGGGCGCGUGGGGCAUCCCCUCCAACGAGGGCGGCAUGGACUUUUCCCGCGGCAGCUUCUACGAUGAAGAAUCCGAGCCAGCCGUGCAAGCGACGGUUGGGGGCGGCCUCACUGCAUCCGAGACGCACCACCUCUCGCCUCCGCCCGACGCGUUCGCCGAGUAUGGCCAGUACAUUGGUGGCAUAGAAGCUGGGCUGAGUGCGGACGACGUUGUGGCCCGUGAACCCAAUAACCCAGGCUGGAUUUAG